AAUACUGUCGUGAUCAAUCGUUGACGAGACCCAAAAGUCCGUUUUGGGUCUUUUCGAUGUGAAUGUUCAACAUUACGCGACACUUGAUAUCUUGAAUGUCUCUCAACUGCUGCCAGUGGGUUUCACGUCUCACGCCUGUUCGAUUUUUUUUUUUUUUUUUAUUUUUUUUUUUUUUUUUUUUUUUUUUUUUUGAGCGUGGCAGAGUCACAGUAGCAAGAGCGGGCGACUGACAGCGCAAAUGUGAGUUUGUUUUGAUUUAAUUAGCCUAAGAGGUCCUCUUCGUGGACAAAUACUCGGAAAAUCAAUGCAAUGCUGCUGUUUAGAUGCUGUCGAUGUCUUACUCAAUUUGCUCCCUUUUUGACUCAAAGACCUCAAGCAUCCGCCGCUCCAGCGUGGUAUGCGAUUCGCCUCGUGGGCGGCGGCAGCAGCAACAGGGACCAGAGAUGGGAGUACCCGAGACACGGUCGCAGCUGGACACAAGCCGUAGCGGGUCUUCUGGCCGGGACAGGAGCUGUGCUGGCUUACGGCCUCCACCAUCACAAGGCGGAAGAGGCCAACGCCGUUAGCGUUCCGGUCAAAGCAAAAACCUCUCAGCUUCCCAUCUUCAGCCAAGAGGAGGUCACCAAGCACCGCACUCUGCAAGAUGGCGUCUGGGUCACUUACGACGGGGCCGUCUAUGACAUCACCGAGUUCGUCGCAAUGCACCCUGGCGGGGAUAAAAUCCUUCUGGCGGCAGGCGGGGCCCUCGAACCCUUUUGGGCUCUCUAUGCAGUGCAUAACCAGGAGCACGUGCUGAACAUCCUCUCUGAAUAUAAGGUUGGUGAGUUGCGAGCGGAGGAUCAGAAGCAGCAGCACAGUGUGGCGUCAUCCGAUCCGUACUCGUCGGACCCCGAGCGACAUCCCGUGCUGCGGGUCAACAGCCUGAAGCCCUUCAACGCAGAGCCGCCUCCCGAGAUCCUCUCGGACAGCUACGUCACGCCCUCCGCCAUCUUCUUCAAGAGGAACCACCUGCCCGUUCCUCAAGUGGACCCGGCGUCGUAUGAGCUGCACGUGGACGGCCUCCCCGGAGGGGGUCUCAAGCUCUCCUUGGAGGACUUAAAGAACCGCUUCCCCAAGCACACGGUCACAGCCACGUUGCAGUGUGCAGGCAACCGGCGCUCUGAGAUGAACGCGGUCAAGCAGGUGAAGGGACUGAACUGGGGGAUCGCCGCCAUCAGCAACGCCAAAUGGGCCGGCGCUCGCCUCAGGGAUGUGCUGCUGGAGGCCGGCUACGGUCCGGACGUGGCGCUGUGGGCUCACCACGUACAGUUCGAGGGGCUGGACAAAGACGUGACGGAGACCACUUACGGCGCUUCUAUUCCCCUGAAUAAGGCGAUGAGCGAGGAAGGCGACGUGCUGUUGGCUUACGAGAUGAACGGCGAACCUCUUCCGGCCGAUCAUGGCUUCCCGGUGCGAGUGGUGGUGCCCGGAACGGUGGGAGCCCGGAACGUCAAGUGGCUUUCCAAGAUCACAGUGAGCGCAGAUGAGAGCGCCAGCCACUGGCAACAGAACGACUACAAGGGCUUCUCGCCCGCCACCGACUGGGACACCGUCAACUUUAAAUCCGCUCCGGCCAUCCAGGAGCUGCCCGUCCAGUCGGCCAUUACCGUGCCCGCGAAUGGCGCCGUGGUCUCCCGUGCCGAUGAAGAGGUGACGGUGAAGGGCUACGCGUGGAGCGGCGGAGGACGGGAGGUGGUGCGUGUGGACGUGUCGCUGGAUGGAGGGAAGACCUGGCAGGUUGCUCAGCUGAGGAGCGGCGACAGGGGGCAGGCGCCGGAACCUUCGCCUCCGCCAGGGAGAGCCUGGGCCUGGAAGCUGUGGGAGCUCACGGCGCCGCUUCCUCCGGAGGCCCAGCAGCUGGAGAUCGUCUGCAAGGCCGUGGACAACAGCUACAACAUGCAGCCCGACACCGUCGCUCCCAUCUGGAACCUGAGAGGGGUGCUGAGUAACGCCUGGCACAGGGUGAAGGUCACUGUCAGGGACGAUGAGGACUAAGACUUCAGAAGACCGUUGUUUGAUGCCCACUGAUGACGACCUGGCUGUGUUCCUCGCUCGAACAACUUUCUAGAAUUCCUUUGAAUCUAGAACUGUGCUAACUUCAUAUGACGGGGUGAUUGAACCGAGAGUCGUAAUGCAAAGACAUUUCAGCAUAUAUUCAAUACCUUUGAUGUCCACCUUAAGGUCCAUGUACUAGUGCGCUCUCUGUCUGCACUAGUGGACAGCGUGGCUUAGCUGGUAGUGUUUUACUCGAGAGGACAUAGAGGACUAGCACAUGGACCUAAACAAGGAUCUCUAAGAUUGUGUAUAACUGCUUGCCUUUCCACAGGUCCGUUAACCUUAAAUCUUGAGUGCAAGUGAAGUCAGUUCUUAGAUUUUUAUUUGCAGCAAAGAAAACCGUUUCUUUUUUCAUCUCAGUGAAGUUUUGCCGAAUACUUGAAAAUAUCAAGGAAUGAUCUGAUUUGAGAGAUAUAUUUUUUUGGAAUGAAAAACUAAAUUGCACAAUGCAUGGCUUAGCUGUCAGUUUGGCUCUGGUCUCACCAUCCAAAACGAUCAAAUCUUGAUAUGAAGCGAACGCAGCCGGGAUAUUAAUGAAGGAAAUGGCCAUUACUGUGUGAAAAAUCAUAGGAAUAUUUAACAUCGCUAUCUGCCCCCUUUUUAAACUUUUCAUUGUUUUGAAGAAUCUUGGAUUAUCAAAAUGUUGAUCAGUGAAAGAUGCUGAGUGUGGAUCAACCCUGAAAUAUAUUCAGUCGCUACUUUUUGUGAUGAAUAAUAAACAGAUGUUAAAUUUA